GCCUCUCUGGUGACGUCACGAGCCAUACAGGCGAAGAAAGUCAGGUAUAAAACGACCCGUCUCGCCUGCCUGUUGGUAGUAGAACCCGGAGAGCUGGAUCUUGACACUUCGAGGUGAAAAUCAUCUUCUCUAUCGAAAACAAACGGGUGAUCUCGCUGAGUGAGUCCUGAAGGCUACAUGAUGCAGACACCAAUCUUCCUGUGUUCUGUUGUCCUCGUCGGAGCUGUUUGCGGGCAACUGUCGGAGACGAACAACUUUCCACAAAACGGCAAUAGGCGGCUGUCCCCUGAGCGCUCGGCGACCGUGCUACGACAGUUUCUCCACCUGGAAGGGGCGGUCGGCUCGCCAGUUUCUCCGUCCGAUGGGCGGGCCCUGGAAACCGGAGACAAGAGAAGCUUCCGGAACGGUGUGGGGAAAAGAAGGGACAGCGAGGAGGAACGACUUCCACAGAACCGCGGAGCAACCGAGUUGAAGGCUGAGGCCACCAUUUUCUCGCAAAACGGAGACCCUCACGACGAGGGUGCAAAGGCAGCCUCAGAGAAGCGGUCGUUCCGCAACGGAGUUGGAAAACGAACCCACUUUCGCAUUGUCGCAGACGCGUCACUGGGUGGACUGGAUGAACCGGAAGCACUUCGUCAAACGGGAGGCGACGCAAACAGUCCGUCACUGUCACGUGAUCUAUGGGCGGAAGUUCAGGGAAAAGACGAUGAACAGUGUCCCGCCUGUGGAUUAGACGGCAGCGGUGUGUGCGUGCUGAAAGGAGUGUGCUGCCGCCAUGACUCCGGCUGUGUGCUACGGAAGGACGUCUGCUCCAGUCUUCCCGACCGCGCCCUCUGCGCCAGCCUUCAGUACAGCGCCACCUGUCGGACGGACGGGAAGUGCGUCGCGCCGGGAGUCUGUUGCCGUGCCGCUGACCACUCUUGCUUCCUGGACCCCGAGUGCGACUAGCGUGCUCCUGUCCAGUGUCCGACGGGGGCGACGUACCGUCAACAACAUUUGCCUACCUUUAGAUUUCAACUUCUAUCUCGUAUGAUGCGCUACAGUCAACACUGGAAUAUAUAUUCUUUCAUCACUUCGUUAGAUGCAAUUAUAACACGAUGAUCUAUUCAGGCUAGUUCUCUUUACACGCUAACACAAAGCUGUUGCUUUAGAUUAAGCAUUGUUUCUGCAUUUCUACUCUCUAGUUUGUAACUAGCAGUGCGUAAUGCAUGUUCAGAAAGACCCCUACAUGUAUUACUGUCCCGACGGCUAUUUUAAAAUCAAGGUCUUUUGUGAACAACUCCUUGAUUCGCAGGUAUAUCUGUAUUCCGUUACAACAUUCAUAUUUUAUCAGGUUCAAAUUCGGUUUUAUCAUUUUAGUAGAUUGCCUACGUUUGUUUGUUUACGAUUCAGAUGUUGUAUCUGUCUUACCUGAAGUUGUUAAUGAUUGCAUAUAAUUAUAUGUAUAUUGGCAGAUGUUUACAAUCAAGGAUGUACUACAAAUUGAACAUCUUUCUUUUAAACAUGUAGGGAAAGACAAUUAUUUUGUUUAAGGAAGAAGCCGUGACGACUUACACGUAUGUCUCGUCAAGGGAGAGAUUCAUUGUGGCGAGAAGGAUGUGACGAUGAGAAGCAACAUUCCAUACGCAUGAAAUAUAUUUUCCUGUUGUAGUGAACUGCAUCGGGUGUCCUUUUUUUAACAGUGUAUGGAAAUUACAAAUAGUAAUCCUUAAAUGAAAAAAAUACGGCCGUCAGAAGGAACUGAAUAGUCCUCCUCCUGCUUUCACUGUAUCUUUUUAGUCACAGGGUAAGGUAUUCGGGAAUAGUAACACUAGUAGUACUAGAUAUACGAUCUAAAUUUGCUAGCUCAGCCUAUCUAUCAUAUUCAUUCAGCUCAAUUAUGUUUUUCAGCCGAAAUCCGUGAUAAAUC